AUGUGCAGCCCUAGUAGCAACAACUCCACCACCGCGUACGCGAAAUAACACCUCAACACAACAAAACAAAACACACGCAAACACAUCUCAUCUACAACAACUCCAUAAUCUCGUACAAAUAACAAUCCAGUUCUUCACAAGUACAAACGAUAUCAAAAUCAAAAUCGUGAUCGUCAAAUUUAAUUCAUCGCCAUGAGUUUUAUUUUCGGCAAAAGAAAGACUCCCGCAGAACUGCUGCGAGAAAACAAGAGAAUGAUUGACAAGUCUAUUAGAGAAAUAGAAAGAGAACGGCAGGGUUUGCAGAAUCAAGAAAAGAAACUAAUUGUUGAUAUAAAAAAAACCGCAAAGCAAGGGCAGAUGGGAGCUGUCAAAGUUAUGGCAAAAGACCUUAUCAGAACACGACAUCAGAUCGAAAAGUUCUACAAGCUAAAAUCUCAACUCCAGGGCGUAUCUCUAAGGAUUCAGACCUUGAAAUCGACGCAAGCCAUGGGUGAGGCAAUGAAAGGUGUUACAAAGGCUAUGGGCCAAAUGAAUAGGCAGAUGAAUUUGCCAUCACUGCAGAAGAUAAUGCAAGAGUUUGAGAGGCAGAAUGAGAAGAUGGAAAUGACAAGUGAGGUGAUGGCAGAUGCCAUUGAUGAUGCUCUGGAGGGUGAUGAAGAAGAGGAAGAGACAGAAGAACUCGUGAGCCAAGUCCUUGAUGAAAUUGGGAUAGAUAUCAACUCCGAGCUUGUGAAUGCUCCAUCUGCCACUGUAGCUGCCCCAGCCGCAAAGAACAAGGUUGCUGCACAAGCUGAAGUAACGGGAAACGAUGAUGGAGGAAUAGACAGUGAUUUACAGGCCAGAUUAGACAAUUUAAGAAAACUGUAAUAUUUUACGGUCAUACAUUUAUAUCUACAGUAAACAUCUGAUCUUUGUAUGUGUGAAGAGGUUUGUGACAUUCUCGAAGUAAAUAAACGCUCAUUUCAGUUUUGUAGUUGA